AUGAUGACCAUCUUGUUUGGGGAGAUGCUCCAGUUCGCCCUGGUUCUCGGGACGAUCAUGAUGGGCUUCACCGUGAGCUUCUUCGCUCUAUUCCAGGAGGACAAAUCGUACGGCGAAACUUGGUUGGACGUUUUCAAAGCCAUGCUCGGCGAGGUGAGCGUGUUCGCGGAGAACUACGAAGACAGUGUGCACAGAUAUGUCGCCCGGUUUCUCCUUGUCCUGUACCUGACCGUGGUGACCAUCAUGCUUCUUAACCUUCUCAUCGCGGUCCGCAUUAUGAAGCUCUACGUCCGCAUCGUCGACAGCGACGUCCUCCCCUCCCCGUUCAACCUGCCCCAAAUCGCCGUGGGUCUCGUGGCGAAGGGGGUCGACGGCCUGCUCGGCACCAGGACCUGCCCCAAGAUCAUGCGCGAGUUCAGCGUGGGAGUCUUCUGGCUGACGCUCGGCGCCCCGGCGAUCCUUAUCGCGUGGGGUCUCUGGGCGGCAUCGGUGCCGGCGGCGGUCCUGACCGCCUGGAGGAGGGCCACCUUCACCGGGAGGUCGCUGUCCGUCGCGGUGGCCUACAGCUCCGUCGUCGUUAUCCUCCACCUCUUUGCCCUGCCCUUCGUCCUGGUGUGGUUCUGGGUCCGCUCCGGGCUGGGGCUCGCGGCGCUGACGCUCAAGACGCUGGCGACUGCGCUUUGCGGCGGGAAUGGAGGGGAAGACGGCAGCGGCACGAGAGUUUCGCGUCGACCCUCCGCUGCUGGUUCCGGCGGCGGGCCUACCGCCGGUUCGCCGUCCGUCUGUAGUGACGUCGUCGUCGCUGACAUGCUGCGACGGGGGAACGCCUCCACCGGGGGACGUCACGCCGCCGGCUCCAGUGUUGCGGAGAUCUGGGCGCAGCUGGAGAACCCCACGACGCCCGACGGCCUCGCGCAGCGGCAAGACGAACAGGACCAAACGGUAACGGUGGAGGAAAUCAUACAUGCGCUGGACCACCUGGACGAGGCCGGGAGGGGUCGGGGCGAGGUCGUCCUCGCUCUUCUCAAGUCCGUGAACGCUGACCUGAAGGACCAGAUCGCGGAGCUAGAGCAAAGCGUGGCUCGCAGCGUCGAGAACCUGAGGGUGGAGUUGGAGGCGAGCGUUGCCUCUCUCGUGGAAGCGGAGGUGGCGAAGGCUGUCGAGGAAUCUCGGGGUCCGUCGCCACGGGGGCCGUUGUCGCCCGCUGCUGGCGCGCCGCGAGUGGACAAGCCGGGAUCAUGAAGCAGCCUGAUGGCGCAAUU